CGCCUCCGCUGCGCGAGUUCGAGUUGCAUUGUGGGAGAAAGCGAAUAUUUCUGCCAGUUGAUAAAAUCAGCUUGGAUCUCUGUGCUUGUCCUCCGUGAAGCGCACGCCGAGGGGACCCUGCGUACUAGUCUGCUUUUUGAUACACACACGUUUUUCCGCAAUAGCCAUGGCUGAUGCAGAUGUGAAUCCCAAAGCCUACCCUCUGGCAGAUGCCACCCUGACAAAGACCAUCCUUGACUUGGUACAGCAAGCAGCAAACUAUAAACAGUUACGCAAAGGAGCCAAUGAAGCCACUAAAACCCUCAAUAGAGGAAUUGCAGAGUUCAUUGUGAUGGCGGCAGAUGCAGAACCCCUGGAGAUCAUCCUGCACCUCCCUUUACUCUGUGAAGACAAGAACGUCCCCUAUGUGUUUGUACGCUCCAAGCAGGCCCUGGGGCGAGCCUGUGGAGUAUCCCGUCCCGUGGUUGCCACAUCAGUGACUAUCAAAGAGGGCUCUCAGCUGAAGCCGCAGAUUCAGUCUGUCCAGAUGGCAAUCGAAAGGCUGCUGGUCUAACCGCUGCAGAAGUGCUGGUAGACAUGGGUGGAGGAUGAGGACUCCUUUUUCUUUUU